GCCCGGAGCCUCGUGGAAGCUAGGGUGAAUACUUUGCUUGCACGGCGUCUAAUUCCUUAUGCUACGGUAGCAUCGCCUGCGUUUGACUAGGCCAGCCGGCAGCCUACGUGGUGUCAGCAGCGCUUGAAGCGGGGUGAUUUUGCCUCACCUAUGGUAUUGGACAAUACAACAUGGGGCUCACCAAACAGUACCUUCGCUAUGUUGCCAGUGCUGUAUUUGGCCUUAUCGGAAGCCAAAAGGGUAAUAUUGUCUUUGUGACACUUCGUGGUGAAAAAGGACGUUAUGUGGCAGUGCCAGCCUGUGAACAUGUUUUCAUCUGGGACUUAAGAAAAGGAGAGAAGAUCCUCAUUCUUCAGGGGCUUAAACAAGAAGUCACUUGCUUGUGUCCUUCCCCAGAUGGGCUGCACUUAGCUGUUGGUUAUGAGGAUGGGUCCAUCCGCAUCUUUAGUCUCUUGAGUGGGGAAGGAAAUGUAACCUUCAAUGGACACAAGGCAGCUAUCACCUCACUUAAGUAUGAUCAGCUAGGAGGCAGGUUGGCUUCUGGGUCCAAGGACACUGAUGUCAUUGUGUGGGAUGUGAUCAAUGAAAGUGGCCUGUAUCGUUUAAAGGGGCACAAAGAUGCCAUUACACAAGCACUGUUUCUACGGGAAAAGAAUCUUCUAGUUACUAGUGGGAAAGACACCAUGGUGAAAUGGUGGGACCUGGACACCCAGCACUGCUUCAAAACAAUGGUUGGCCACCGAACUGAGGUAUGGGGACUGGUUCUAGUGUCAGAGGAAAAGCGACUCAUCACUGGAGCUGCCGAUAGUGAACUGAGGGCUUGGGACAUCGCAUAUCUGCAAGAGAUUGCAGACCUAGAAGAACCAGAGCCUAAGAAGGUCAAAGGGUCUUUCCCUGCAGUACAGGAGACACAGGACGAUGGCACCUCUGAAGUGGAUGAAGCGCCUGAAGAUCGUAUCCUUACAUGCAGAAAAGUUGGUUCCCUAAUGCGAGAAGGAAGGGACAGAGUUGUAAACCUUGUAGUUGACCGGACAGGCAGGAUUCUUGCUUGUCAUGGAACUGAUUCUGUGCUAGAAGUAUUUUGUAUCCUUUCCAAAGAGGAAGUUCAGAAGAAAAUGGAUAAGAAGGUGAAAAAGGCUAAAAAGAAAGCAAAAUUAAAUUCCUCCAGUGGAGAAGAGGAAGGUCUUGAAGUCACUGUGGAAAUGACUCUGCAAGAUGAGAUUCAGCGGGUGACAAAUAUCAAAACUUCUGCUAAAAUCAAAUCCUUUGACUUGAUCCAUUCACCCCAAGGAGAGUUAAAGGCUGUUUUCCUGCUGCAAAAUAACUUGGUGGAGUUAUAUACAAUGAAUCCAUCCACACCUGCUCCUCAGCCUGUCAGGACCAAUAGGAUCACUAUUGGGGGUCACCGCAGUGACGUUCGGACUUUGUCAUUCAGCUCAGACAAUAUUGCUGUCUUAUCAGGAGCUGCUGACUCCAUCAAAAUAUGGAACAGAUCUACACUGCAGUGCAUUCGCACAAUGACCUGUGAAUAUGCUCUUUGCUCAUUCUUUGUGCCUGGUGACAGACAGGUCAUCAUAGGAACAAAGACAGGAAAGCUGCAGAUUUAUGACUUGGCCUCAGGAAAUCUGCUGGAAACAGUUGAUGCACACGAUGGAGCCUUGUGGUCCUUGUCUCUCUCUCCAGAUCAGCGUGGCUUUGUGUCAGGUGGUGCAGACAAAUCUGUCAAAUUCUGGGAUUUUGAGUUGGUAAAAGAUGAAAAUAGUACACAGAAGAGACUUUCUGUGAAGCACACCCGAACCUUGCAACUAGAUGAAGAUGUUCUGAGUGUCAGUUACUCUCCCAAUCAAAAGCUGUUGGCUGUGUCUUUGCUGGACUGUACUGUGAAAAUUUUCUAUGUUGACACUUUAAAGUUUUUUCUCUCAUUGUAUGGACACAAACUACCUGUUAUAUGCAUGGAUAUCUCUUAUGAUGGAGCACUAAUAGUUACAGGCUCUGCUGACAGAAAUGUGAAAAUCUGGGGUCUGGAUUUUGGGGACUGCCACAAGUCUCUCUUUGCACAUGAUGACAGUGUGAUGUACCUAAAAUUUGUACCCAAAUCUCACCUCUUCUUCACUGCUGGGAAAGAUCGGAAGAUUAAGCAAUGGGAUGCCGACAAAUUUGAACACAUACAAACUCUGGAGGGACACCAUCAGGAAAUUUGGUGCUUAGCUGUUAGUCCCAAUGGAGACUAUGUUGUGUCAUCAUCCCAUGACAAAUCUCUGAGACUUUGGGAGAGAACAAGGGAACCUCUGAUUCUUGAAGAUGAAAGAGAGAUGCAAAGGGAAGCAGAAUAUGAAGAAAGUGUGGCCAAAGAAGACCAACCAGCAGUUCCAGGGGAGACUCAAGGUGACAAUUAUUUUACAGGAAAGAAAACUAUUGAAACAGUCAAAGCGGCUGAGCGGAUCAUGGAGGCUGUUGAGCUAUACCGAGAGGAAACUGCAAAAAUGAAAGAACACAAAGCCAUUUGUAAAGCUGCAGGGAAAGAAGUUCCUCUGCCCAUUAACCCUAUCCUGAUGGCUUAUGGCAAUAUCUCUCCUUCUGCUUAUGUGUUGGAGAUUUUUAAAGGGAUCAAGUCAAGUGAGCUGGAAGAAUCUCUGCUUGUGCUACCUUUCUCUUAUGUCCCAGAUAUUCUUAUGCUUCUUAAUGAAUUCAUUCAGCAAGGCUCAGAUAUAGAACUUCUGUGCCGAUGCCUCUUCUUUCUCCUCAGGAUUCACUUUGGGCAGAUCACUAGCAAUCAAAUGCUUGUGCCAGUGAUUGAGAAAUUAAAGGAAACAACUAUUUCAAAAGUCAGACAAGUUCGGGAUGUCAUUGGCUUCAAUAUGGCAGGUCUUGAUUUCCUCAAAAGGGAGUGUGAAGCAAAAAGUGAAGUUAUGUUUUUUGCUGAUGCUACCAGCCACUUGGAAGAGAAGAAGAGGAAGAGGAAAAAGAGAGAGAAACUAAUUUUAACAUUGACUUAGAAUUGAAAUGUGCCGUUUCCUAGCUCUUGUUAAAAAGGACUUCCUAACUAAGCAGUGGCAGAUUUUGUAUCUUCCUUUAAAUAGCCAAAUAAUGUAAGCUGUUAGGUUGCAGAAGAUCUCAGGAUAUAGUUUCCCAGCUCUGCCUGAGGGAUUUCCAAUGCGGGAUUAUGCAUUCCAUUUUUUGAAUAAAAAUGCAUAAUUAGUUUAAAAUUCUUUCUGUGUUCAAAAGAUCGAGUGUAAGUUGCUUUGGUCAAGGGUUGAACCCUACAAGAUUUGCUCAGAUAAUUGUAGGGAAGCAAAGAAUUGUUUUUUAUGUACUUUUUUUUUUCGAAGAAUUGUUUUAAUGGGUAUUUUUUUUCCCAAGUGUUGAAAUUAAUAUUUCAAAAGUUAUGGCACAAAAUUUGUUGGGCAGUUUGACCUCUUACUGAGAGAAUCAGGUGCAUAAUUGAUCACCUUUGCAUGCCGAGACUUCAGUUUCAUGAACUCAAGAAGGGUUAGGAGACAACAUAAUGAUUAUGCAAAAAGACUUUCAUGCCUUAGGCUUUGAGGUCCCAGGUUCAAUCUCUAGCCAUGGCUGAGCAGUGCUCUGGUUUCUGUCUCUGUCUUUAUCUCCCUAUUUAAAUAAAUUUUAAAAAAACAAAGUAGCUGUAGGUAGUCAAGGAAAUUAUUUAGGCAGAUUUCUAAAAUUUGACCUCUUGCAGGUUGCUCUAUCUGUAUGUAAAAAGAUUUUAAUUGCCAGUGGUGUAUACUUAUAAAUAAAAGUUUUUACUUAAAGAACAGUUGACCUGAGAUUCCUUAGUGGGCUUCUAGGUGAUUAAUAUUGUGUGUGUGUGUACACACGCACACACGGGGUACACUAGGUAUUAGGAGGUGAGAAUGAUUUCAGAAAUAAAUGUUCACAUAUUUGGGGGCUUAGGCUUUUCUUUGUGGGAAAUGUUUUAACGAUUCAUUCAGCUUGCUAUUACAGUUCUAUUCAGAUUUGUCUGUGUCUUAUUGAAUCAGUUUCAGUGGCCUUUCUAUGAACUUAUUUAUUUUUGUGGACGUCACUGUGUUUGACCAUUUCCUCCCCAGUUUAACAGCUGUUGUUUUUGCUUCAGGUCUGCUGUCCUAAGCAUAACACAAUUAACAGGGAUAUCUGUUGGGCAGAAUGAGAGAACAAAGGUAAUUUUGGCACUGAGUUCCUGAGGCUAACUUAUAAAAAGGCAAGAGAGUAGUUUUCAGAAUUGUCCAUCUAGAAGUAAAUAAACUUCACCACUUUAGUUUGGGAUAACUUCUGAUAGCCACAGGCUAGUAUCUACAAAUAAGCCAUGCUUUUUCACUCUGGUUUCCAAAGUACAGUUCAAGACCUUUCAGGAGUUCUUUAAGAUAGGUCUUAGAUAUUGCUAAAACAAUAUGCAGAUGUAUACUGAAUUGAAGAAUCCCUAAAAAUGAAUGAAUGCUUGGAACGAAUAUAAAUUUUAUUUGGGAAUAGGAUUUUAUGAAUUAAGAUGAGGUCAGACUAGAUUAGGGUGGGCCUGAAACUCAAUGGCUGGUACCCUUAUAAUUAGGUCAUUUGACAAUAGAGGCAGAGAUAGGGACUGGAGUGACAUCCACAAACUAAGGUAAACUAAGAGAACCUGUGAAAAAAAGGCUUCCAAAAAGGACCUUCUAACAUUUUGGUUUCAGACCUCUGGGUGCCUGAACUGGAGGAGAAUAUCUGUUGUUUUAAGCCACACAGUCUGGUCAUUUGAUGUAGUCCCAGGAAAUUGAUGAUAAACUGGUACUAGGAAGUGGGAUACUUCUGUAACAAAUAUCUAAAAAUGGAAGUGACUCUGGAUUUUGGUAAUGGGUAAAGAGUAGAGGAGUUUUGAGAUGUAUAAAAGAAAAAGACUAGCUAGAAGAGGCUAUACAGAAAAAUGGACAUUAAAAAUUCUAAUGAGGGCUUGAAAAUAAUGAUAUUGAAGGACUUUUUAUCAUCUUAGAGAACUUUCUGUGUCUAAAGAAAGUAAUCAUGGAUACAGAAUUUACAGGAGACUUGGCUUAAUUGUGUUCUGAUUAUCUGAGGUUCCCAAAUAAAAGAGUUUCUUGCUGUCAGAGAGGAAAAAUAAAUUGGGGAAGGAACUGGUCAGCAAAAAAAGAACUAGAACAUUGAUGAUUUGGAACACUUAUAGCUCAACCAUAAUGAAAUAGCUAAGGCAUGCUUCAGAGAAAUGCAGCAUACGGCUGGAAAAACCUGCUAGAAAGAUUAGACUUGUAACCAUGGCACAGUCAGUCAUCCCAACAGAAGUUGGAACAGAGAUGAGAUUAUCCAGAAAGCAUCUCUGGAGUGAACAAUUUCUUUUUCUUUUUUUUUUUUUUUAAGAUUUUAUUUAUUUAUUAAUGAGAAAGAUAUGAGGAGAGAGAAAGAAUCAGACAUCACUCUGGCACAUGUGUUGCUGGGAAUCGAACUCAGGACCACAUGCUUGAGAGUCCAAAGCUUUAUCACUGUGCCACCUCCUGGACCACUGGAGUGGCCACUUUCUAAAGGAAUACUACCCACAAGAAACUGGACCUUUUCAAGACAGUUUUCUUGACAGAAACACUGUCCAUUUGGCUUGAAGGGGACGGAGACAAGACAAAAUGAAUAGAGGCUGCCAGACUUCUUGGAUUCUAUAUGCAAGAAAUGAAAUGGGCUACUAAGAGAGUGAAACUCUUAGCCCAGGCUCAGGACUAAAAGGGUAGAGCCAACAAAACAGUCUAAAACUUAUGGUUAGUGAAGCAUUAGUGAGGCCAGAGGGCAGAACAAGUUGUAAUCUUUUUUUCUCAGGCCAAAGUACCUCAUAGAAUUUACCCUGCUGGGGUUGCAAGCUUGUUUUGGACUACUUUGUUUCAUCCACUAUCUCUUUUUGGAGUGGGAAUGUCUAUUCUUAUUUGUUUCACUAUUAUAAUCUGGAGACUGACAAGAUGUUGCCUUAGCCUUGCAGAUCCACAGGUGGAGAAGAAACAAACCAGAAAAACUUUCUUUCCUGAUGUAGAAGGUGUUUUAAAUGUUUUGAGCUGGAAUGUUUAAUUUAGAGCUAAAGAUGGAAUCUGGAAAGACUUGAGAAUGUUGGAAUGGACCGAGUGUAUUUGCAUAUAGAAGAAAAGUGAGGUAUUUUUUUGUUUGUUUGUUUUUUUAAGGUGGUGGAGGGGGUCCUGAAGGUGACUGUACUGAAUUUAUCGCCACAUAAUGUAUGUUUACUGACUUGCUAUUGGGACCUUACUUGUAAAUAGGGUCUUUCCAAAUAAAAUCAAUCAACAUGA